UGUCUUUUCAUUUGAUUACAGGUAUGAGCAGUCCUUCAGCUCCAUCUACUGGACACUUGUAGAUAUUUCCUGGUGUUAGUUAUUUGUUUAAUAAAGUUAGUUAUUGACCUCUGAUGUCAUAACUCCAGGUCACAGGAAGUAGGUGUUUCCAGCCUGUGCAGUUCAUCUCAUGUGCUUUCAGCUUUCUCCAUGCUAAACAGGCCCUAUGCAGCAUUGUUGAUUAGAAAGAUUCCGGCCCUCGGUACCAUAGAAGUUGGACAGCACUGCCCUACAACAUGCUGCCACUCCAUGUAACUGGGAGGAGCCGACUCCUUCCAAUGUCUUGGGAUUACUGACCUGGCCGCGUCCAGCAAAUGCAAGAUGAGAAAAGCAAGAAUUUGAAUAACUGAAUACUGCUUGAAGACAACUAGUUUUUGUUCUGUUCUUACUAAGGACACCGGACGGAAGCACCAAAUCCAGGACUGGGUAUUUGCAGUGUCAAGUGCCACUGACAUUCAAAAGAUGUCUUAACUGAAUCCAAAGGCUCCUGUGGACACCUUUGAAGCCAUAGGCGCAUGUUUUGUUCUACUCGCUACAAAGAGCUAUUUUUUUUUGUUUUCAAAACCAUAGCAAAUCUGUCUGGCUAGUUUCCCUUUAAAUAAAUGUUAACGUCACACGCAUGCUCCGUCGUCGCACUCUACGUGCCCAGGAAUUCAGGCUACAGCACUUUGAGUAAGAAGGCGGAAUUAGCGGCUGUGCCUCUCUGCGCAUGUUUGGAAGUCCUUCACUGGUCUGAAGUGAUUGUACGGAAACAACCACGGCAUGGGGGCAAAGGAGAAAUUGGAGGCCAUGUUAAAUGUGGCCCUUCGGGUCCCAAGCAUCAUGCUGCUAGAUGUGCUAUACAGAUGGGAUGUCAGCUCUUUCUUCCAGCAAAUCCAAAGAAGCAGCCUCAAUAACAGCCCACUGUUCCAAUACAAGUACCUGGCACUCAACAUGCAUUAUGUGGGCUACAUCCUGAGCGUGGUUCUAUUGACAUUGCCCCGACAGCAUCUGGCUAAAUUGUAUCUAUAUUUUGUGGCUGCUCUCUUGCUGUAUGUGGGGCAUCAGAUCUCCAGGGAUUAUGUCCGCAGUGAGAUGGAAUCUGGCUACGAAGGGCCAAUGCACCUAGAACCAUUGUCCAUGAACCGCUUUAUCACUGCACUAGUGGGCCAGCUGGUGGUGUGCACUCUCUGCUCCUGUGUGAUGAAAACUAAACAGAUCUGGCUGUUCUCGGCUCACAUGCUGCCUCUCCUGGCCCGCCUCUGCCUUGUCCCCAUUGAGACGAUCGUCGUCAUUAACAAGUUUGCUAUGAUUUUUACUGGACUUGAAGUCUUGUACUUUCUGGCAUCAAAUCUGUUGGUCCCCUUUAAUCUUGCGAAGUCUGCAUACCGGGAGCUCGCACAGGUAGUGGAAGUGUACGGCCUACUCGCCCUGGGGAUGUCUCUCUGGAAUCAGCUGGUGGUUCCAGUGUUGUUCAUGGUGUUCUGGUUGGUUCUGUUUGCCCUGCAGAUCUAUACCUAUUUCAGCACCCGUGAUCAGCCGACCUCCCGCGAGCGCCUCCUCUUUCUCUUUCUUACAAGCAUCGCCGAGUGCUGUAGCACCCCAUACUCGCUCCUGGGGUUAGUGUUUACAGUCUCCUUUGUGGCCCUCGGCGUGCUGACCCUUUGCAAGUUUUACCUGCAAGGUUACCGAGCUUUCAUCAAUGACCCAGCAAUGAACAGGGGCAUGACAGAAGGAGUGACACUGCUGAUCCUAGCUGUGCAGACGGGGUUGAUUGAACUUCAGGUGGUCCACAGGGCCUUUCUCCUCAGCAUCAUUCUCUUCAUUGUUGUGGCCUCCAUCCUGCAGUCUAUGCUGGAAAUCGCAGAUCCCAUUGUCCUUGCCCUCGGUGCUUCCCGUGACAAGAGUCUCUGGAAGCAUUUCCGUGCUGUCAGCCUGUGCCUGUUCUUGCUGGUCUUUCCCUCUUACAUGGCCUACAUGAUCUGCCAGUUCUUUCACAUGGAUUUCUGGCUCUUAAUUAUCAUAUCCAGCAGUAUCCUCACUUCCUUGCAGGUCCUGGGAACCCUCUUCAUUUACGUUUUGUUCAUGAUUGAAGAAUUUCGUAAAGAACCAGUGGAAAAUAUGGACGACGUUAUUUAUUAUGUCAAUGGUACGUAUCGCCUGCUGGAGUUCCUGGUGGCGCUAUGCGUGGUGGCAUAUGGUGUCUCAGAGACAGUUUUCGGGGAAUGGACAGUCAUGGGCUCCAUGAUCAUCUUCAUCCACUCCUACUACAACGUCUGGCUGCGAGCUCAGCUGGGCUGGAAGAGCUUUCUGCUGCGCAGGGAUGCCGUCAACAAGAUCAAGUCUUUGCCUGUUGCCACCAAAGAGCAACUGGAGCAGCACAACGACAUCUGCUCCAUCUGUUACCAAGAUAUGAACUCAGCCGUCAUAACACCAUGCAGCCAUUUUUUCCACCCCGGAUGCCUGAAAAAGUGGCUCUACGUGCAGGAAACUUGCCCUCUAUGUCACUGCCAAUUAAAGUCUCUGUCUCAACAAGCAACAGCAGAGCCUGGCUCCUCCACCAAUCCCAUUGUAGAGCAAAGUGCCGCCAACCCGCCUCCAAAACCAGUGUCCCGCUUAGAGGCAACAGCAGAGCCUGGCUCCUCAACCAAUCCCGUUGUAGAGCAAAAUACUGCCAACCCGCCUCUGGACCCAGUGUCCCGGGAAGAGGCAACAGCAGAGCCUGGCUCCUCAACCAAUCCCGUUGUAGAGCAAAGUACUGCCAACCCGCCUCUAGACCCAGUGUCCCGGGUAGAGGCAACACCAGAGCCCCUAGGCACCGUGCCAACAUGCUGUGCCCUGGAACAAGAGCCAAUCAUGGACUUUACGCCGGCAGACUCCCUAAGGGAGAGGAAUGGAAUGAGGAGCGGGGAGCUGCAUUAUGAAGAGGAAGCCAAUUUAAAUAGCAAUGAAGUGCUGCAAAGGCUACUUACUAAAAGGAAAUCACAGCCGGAGGACUUCAAUGUAAAGGCUUUACCCAAAGAAAGCGAGGUCUGUGCAGGAAUCUGAUACUGUAUCUGCCCUGGGACUGAUCAUUUCAAAGCCAAAACCUGCCACCCGCCCCUCAUCUGUUCUUAGGAAAUAUCAAACCAUUGACACUGAAAGAGUAUGCAAAGUUCUCCCACGUGAAUUUAUUUUUCAUGUCUUGGUACCGAUGAUGAAUGAAAAGCAAACAAUCCUUUCUAUAACUGACAGACACUCUUCUAAAUAGGAGAAAUGUGGGAAUAAACUAGAUUUUGUUCAAAAAUUUUUUCUGUCACUUUGAUGUGGGUAAGAUUGACCAGUAAGAACCUGAAAAGGUCCCAGUGGGUUGAUGGGCCACAAACUUUUUCCUGCAUGGAGCAGAAUUAGAGCUCCCGCCAGUGUGACGGCGUAGAAAGAUAGCCGCAUGCUUGCUUGCAUUCUGAGUAUAACACACUGGGGGGAUAUUUUGAGGGUGACUUGGGACAACACCUCUUAAUUGCAGCAUCAAGUCAUUGUCACUUUCAUAUUUUUAUGUUUCUUAGUAGUAUUAUUGUCCUGCAGCCUCUAUGCUCUACCCCUGUAUGAAGUAGAACUGGAGCUCAGGUGAGCGCCUGGUUGAUCACCAUGGCGGGAUGAGCCUCAUUGCACAGAAAGGGGCCGAGCAGGAACAAGCCGCAGCUUCAUUACAGUGUUAAACAAUAGCGGUAUUUGCACUUGUUGGAUAUGAGUACACGGGCCUCCCCCUGUGUAUGAUCAAUCUCCGCAAAUGCCACUUUUAAGACUGUUGCUAGUGCGCAAUUUCAUAUAGUAUUCCCCCCCCCGAACCCAGUUGUUAAGAUAAAAUAAACUACAUUUAUACAUCAGUUGCGGAUUUUGGGGAGUGUGAGAAAAAAAAAAGCAGCAAUUUUUUUUAUUGUGAUUUUGAUAUGAAAUAAAAAAAAAAAAAUAGUUUAAUUUAUACUAGAAAACAUUGGGCCGGAAAGGAAAAAAAUGGCUGAGAAUUUCCUUAUGUAAAAAAAGUGACUUUUUGCUUUAUUUUUUUUUUUUUAGUGGUACAUUUGGAUGUAGACUGAUGGACAUAGUGAAAUGUCUCUUAAUAAAUUAUAUUUCAAAA